ACAUUAGGGUUAUAAAAUAUCGGCUCCAUCGACGCGUCCGUUUCACCCUUCCAAACUCCUUCCCCUUCGCUCUCUCUCUGCCUUCUCUCGUCCUCUCCCUGGACUCAUUUUAGCAGCUUCUCUGUCGAAUUUGGUUAUUACAUAGCAAUGGCAGCACAGUGCCUUACUGCCUGCCCUUGCUUUCUCAGAUAGUCUCAAGCCCCAACUCAUUCCCUCUCGAAUAGUCACACACGCACCCUCACGCUGUGUCCUUUCCUGCCUACUGGUCUUCUCUCAGAUUGGUGCGAUUUUUUUCCUUUCUUUUUGUUUAGAGUUUUCAUAUGAAUUGUUACUAGAGUUUUCAUAUGAAAUGGUAUUCUUCAAUGCUCUGUGGGAAACACAGGCACACAGCCACUCGAGUGGCAUUGUCGUUGAAGUCUCGACAUUCAUCUGAACAUGAGGGAAAAUUUUCUUAGGAAGUGUUCAAUUUACUUAUCUCUAUCAUGGUUUAACAAUUUGGCUUCCUCAAUUCCAGUUAUUUCUCUUCGUUGCGUGCUGCAUUUUGUGUGCUCUUUUUUUUGGUUACUGCGUGUGCUUGUUUUAAUAAAGGUGUUUUACUCUAAUAUCAUUUAUGGGUGAUUUUGAAAUUUUAUUCUAAUGUAGAAAAAUGAUUGAUGGUGUCAUAGCUUGAUAUUUUUAGUUACUUUCAUCUCUAGUUUAGUUGUCUUAUUAUUAUUAUUAUUAUUAUUAUUAUUAUUAUUAUUAUUAUUAUUAUUAUUUAGAGUUUAGGAGAUGGCGAAUGAUACUAGAUCUAGUCGUAAAGUUAAGGACGAUGAAAACAGUAAUUUCAAAGGGGUUGCUGGCAAACCAUCAACUAGUUCCGGUGCUGAAACACCGAAUACAUCUGGUCUGAGAAGGUCAGUCAGAGAAACACCAUCAACAAAAAAAACAGGUCCAAGCCCUUCAAGUACUCCAAAGUCUGAGCGAUUUGAGAAACGGACUCCAAAGCCUUCAGUUACGAGAGUUGAGAAGCAAAGUACACCAAGUCCUCUGCGAAGGUCUGAUCGGGGUAAGAAGCAAUCCUCUUCUAGUUCUGCUGGCUCAAAGAAGUCAAAUAAAAGCUCAGGCUUAUCAGCUAUAAAGAAAAAGCUAAAAAAGGAGAAGAGUGUGAAACAGUUGACACUCCAAACUCAAGAAGUUAGAAAAAUCAAGAAACAGGUUAUCAAUGAUGUUCAGGUGGGAAAAAAGAGAUUGGAUGCUCGUGCUUAUAGGGCAUUGUUCAAGCAGAAACAAAAGAAAGUUAAUGUGGCAGUUAGCGAUGUUGGAUUGGAGAGUGAUUACAAGGACACACCUUUAAAAAGAAAAAGAAACACGGUUGACAUGGAUUCUGAUGAUGUUGCGAUGACUUCAAGUAAAGAUAUUUUCCCCUUGGUCGCUGAUGCAGUCAUAUCUUCUACAGUUGGAAACAAUUUGGUGGAGACAUGUGUUACAUGUUUUAGGAAGCAAAGGGUCAACCGUGAUUCAAAACAGCAUGACCUUUGUUCUUGCAACUCAAAUUUAAACCAGGAUAUCAGUGGUGCCUCUUUUGCUGACAAGGGAAAAAAAGUGGCCAACAAUGACGUUGAUCCAAUCUCCCUCAAACCCUCCAUAUUUGAAAGGGACAAAGCUGUUGGGGUCAAUGAAGGGAGUUUGGGAGCUCCAUCACAUAACAUGUGUCAAUCAAUGUCCGGGUCAAUUGUUAGAACUCCAUCAUGUAACAUGCAUCAAUCAAUGUCUGGGUCAAUUGGUCAUCUUGAUACAAUUCGUGCAAACCAUGCUUCGAGCAACCCAAGUUUGGCUAAUAAAUUGUCAGAAGUAUCAGCAAUUAGCAUGGCUAUGUUGAAUGAAAGAAUUAAUUUGCUUGAUUCGCAACAGAGUUCGCAAAAGGAUCUCCAUCUUCUCUUGAAGCCAGAGAUAGCAAAACUUUGCGAAAUUCUACUACUCCCAGAAGAUGUCAAGGCUAUGGCUCAAAGUUUCCUUGAAUAUGUAAUGAAUAAUCAUCAUGUUAGCAGAGAACCAGAAACCAUUCUGCAGGCAUUUCAGAUAUCCCUGUGUUGGACUGCAGCUUCUCUACUAAAGCACAAACUUGAUCACAAAGGAUCACUUGCGCUUGCACAACACCAUUUGAAUUUCUACUGCAAGAAAGAAGAAGCAGAUUCUGUGUAUUCGAUAUUGCGGUGUUUGAAGAAAAUGUUUUUAUACCAUACAGGGAAUUUUAAUCUAGACUGCGCUGCAAAAAUUUCUGAAUCAUUAAUUAAUCUUCCUAACAAGGAUUGUUCACAUGCAAGAUCUUCACAUCCAGCACCAUCUAGUGCAAAAAAGGUGAAAGUAGGGUUUGAGGACCUGGGGCAUGGUCAAGAAUUUUUGGAUGAUCGGGUACUUUCCCAUCUUGGAUUGGCGCGGCAAGAUUUUUCAAAAAGUAUCAAAGAUGUUAAGAAGAAAUGUGAUAAACAGUUGAGAAAGCUCUUACUGAAGCAAAAGAAAGAAAAGGAGGAACAUGAAAGAAAGUACAAGGAAGAGAAGGCACAACUUGAGAAUAAUAAAAAAACAGAUGCAGCUGUUGUUCGUUUACAUAGUAAUAGUUCAAUGAGAACAGAUAAACUUAAGUUGCUGGACAUUGAAUAUGAAAAGAAAUUUGAAGAAUUUGAGCGCCGGAUGGAGAUAUGCCAUAAAAAUCUUGAGGCAAUUCACCUGGUUGCAAGGAAUGAGUUGGAAGAGGGAAAAGUUUGUUGGGUGGAUGGAGUGAAAUCCUGGGCAAAGAUGGAAUUAAUAAAUAAGCUACCUUCAAAUGAAACUGGACAUAAUCAAGAAAAUGCUGUCUUCUUGAAUUCUCAUUUGAAAGAAAAGAAUGUUGAAGGAAAUCAGAGCAUGCAAGAUGGGGUGGUUCUCCUGGAAGUUCCUGAAACUGUUAGUUCAAAUGAUGAGGAUAUAGUCCCUGGGGAGUUGUAUUCAAAUGAACAGAUUCCUGAUCAUGUUAAAUCAGACAUGCUUGAUGGAGAGACUCCAUUGAGAACUUCCAGGGUUCUAAGCUUGAGGGAUGGAUCAGAAAAUGUCGACUCUGUAAAUGCACCUUCAUCUGAAGAACAAAUGCAAACUUUUAAUGGAGCUACAUUAAAGGUGUCUGCUCGAAACCUUCCGAUUGAAGUGCGUGAGAAUGUCAAUUCUAGUGGGAGCCUGGAGAACAUGGGAGCGCCUGAAAUUGCUUCUAGUGAAGCCAUUGAUGAUGGCAACAUUAUUCUUAGAGAGAAAGAUGAAGUUCAUGAUGUGACCUUUGAUAAUGCUGCUGGAGUUGAUCAGCAGGAUGGAGUGGUUGGUAUUGUUAAUCAAGAUCCAUACUCUAAUGCAACUGCUGGGGACCUGAAAAAUGGGAACGUUUCAUUAGGACUGCCAGAAAGUGGUUCCAAUAAAGUAGUGGGUGAUAAGACUGCUAAGCAAAAGGAGGGGAAGGUUCUGGUUGAUAAUACUAUUGGCAAUAAAAAUUCUGAUUUUUCUGAUAAAAUGGCUGGAGUAGGCCAACAGAAUGGGGAGGCUUCAUCAGGAGUGCCUGAUCAGCAGGAUGGAGUGGUUUCUGUUGUUAAUCAAGAUCCAUGCUCUAAUACAACUGCUGGGGAAAGGAAAAAUGGAAAAGUUUCAUCCGGACUGCCAGAAAGUUUUUCCAAUAAAGUAGUGGGUGAUAAAACUGCUAAGCAAAAGGAUGGGAAGGUUCUGGUGGAUAAUACUAUUGGCAAUGAAAAUUCUGAUUUUUCUGAUAAAAUGGCUGGAGUAGGCCAACAGAAUGUGGAGGCUUCAUCAGUAGUGCCUGAUCAGCAGGAUGGAGUGGAUUAUAUUGUUAAUCAAGAUCCAUACUCUAAUACAACUGCUGGGAACUGGAAAAAUGGAAAGGUUUCAUCAGGACUGCUUGAAAGUGUUUCCAAUAAAGUAGUGGGUGAUAAAACUGCUAAGCAAAAGGAUGGGAAGGUUCUGGUGGAUAAUACUAUUGGCAAUGAAAAUUCUGAUUUUUCUAAUAAAAUGGCUGGAGUAGGUCCAUCAGGUGGGCCUGAAACUUCUCAAGGUGAGGCAGUUGUGGAUGGUGAAACUGGUAAGCAGCAGGAUGGAAAGGUUCAAGCUAAUGAGACUGUUGAUAAUCAAGACUCUCAAUCACUGGAUAGAACUGCUGGAGUCAACCAGCAGGAUCUGGAACUUCCAUCAGGAGUAGUUGAAAAUGCAUCUGGUCAAGUUGUGGAGGGUGCAAGUACUGGUAUGGGGAAUGAUGGGGCUUAUUGCAUGGCCUCAUCCUCCAGUACCAGCGUACACCUGCAGGAUGGAGUGAUUUCAUCGCAAGUGUUAGAAAAUGUUCCUAAAGAAGUAGUGGACGGUGGUAGCAGUGGUAGAGAGGUCAAUGGAGUUCCUGAUGUGGCCUCCUUUAAUGAUACUAGAGUUGUUCAGCAGGAUAGAGUGAUUCCUAUAAUUAAUGAAGUCAAUCAUCCCCAAGAACUGUAUCUGGUAAGUUCACCUGCUAUCCAGCCAGAACCUGCCUUGGCUCAAGAUGUUCCAGUGCCAUUAAAUCAGGCACUUCAAGAAGAAUCUCCUAUUCCAACUGUAUCUGCUAGAUUGCAAGAUGGAAUUGCAUCAGGAAGUGGAAAUAAUAAUUCGCUGCAGCAAGUUGAGACUUCAGUUCCCCAUACAGAUGAUGUUUUAGUUUCUAAUCAAUCUAAUAGCAACACAUCAGUUGUAGAGCAUGUGCAGGAAGUGCCGUUGUUGCCAUCCACAGAUUCUGCUUGUAGUCUUGAUGCCAUGGAUUUUCCUUCAGCUAGUGGGAUUGAACAUCAGCCUGGUCGGGAAGAUCAUAUAACUGGGAACAUGGCUGAUUCUUCAAUGCAAAUAGUGGUGGACCCGGUGGAAUAUUCAAACGAAGUUGUUUCACAUCCUGUAACGCAUCUUGCACAUCAUCUGCCCAGUGAAAUUCCUCUUGGUAGAUCAGGGAUGCAUGCUUCAGACACAAGGACUGUACCCAUUUCUUCAGGAGUUAAUAAUCGUACUGCACAAACCAUACCCCCUUUCCAAGUGCCCCCUCUGCCUUUGUAUCAUGAUCCUCUUCAAAUUGAACUGGAGAGAUUACGCAAAGAAACAGACCAAAUCAUCAAUACUCAUGAGGACACGAAGCUGCGGCUGAAGUCUGAUUGUGAAAAGGAGAUAGAGGAAGUUGUUGCUCAAAUUCGUAGAAAGUAUGAGAUUAAACUUCAGGAGACGGAAUCUGAAUUCAUCCUUAAGAAAAAAGAACUUGACACAUAUCACAACAAAGUUCUUAUGAACAAGAUCUUGGCUGAGGCAUUCAAAUCUAAAUGCAUGGAUGCUAAACCAUCUAGUGCAGCUAGUAAGCAGCAAGAGGUGGCCUCAACUUUCAUGCAGCAGCUGAUCCAGCCAUCAUCACAGCCAACUGCACAGUGGAGUGCCAUUGUCACUGGUCUGUCUUCAGCUUUUCCACCUGCAGGUAGCCCACAGAUUGCUGCCUCCAGCUCACGUGGUGCAGCUCCAUCUCUGCAGGGUGUCCAUCAUUCAUCAGAACUUUUCUUAGGUGCCCUAUCAAGGCCACCUCUAAUUAGCUCUAUAUCCCCUGGUACUGGCAAUCUCCAAAUUGGCGGUGAAAUUCGAGCUCCUGCCCCACACCUACAACCUUGCAGACCUUCAGCGUCCACAGUUGCAACAAAUCUUUCCUCUCUUUCAGUUGGGAUGCCUAGUCAACAGAUGCCCAGUAAUACCCUUACAACCUCUGCUGCACCCCCCCAGCUUCCAUUGCGAUCACAGUUGUCUGUAAAUGCUCAUAAUUUUACCCAUCUUCCUGAAACUGCAGGAACUUUGCCAGCUCUUUCAAGCUCAUCUCUAUCUGCAUUCGAGUUUCUGAUGAAUGUACAUAAUCAAACGGAUACAAAUUCAUGUUCACCCUAUGGUUUGAUACUACAAAGGGAUUUGGGUUCUAACUCAGACCUUUGGCUGCCAAAUAAUACAAGGACAAAUGUGGCAUGUCCAACUGAGGUUGUUUGUCUAUCAGAUGAUGAUUGACAUUUGGUGAUGUGUUCCAUAUCUUUGAUUUUGUAUUGAUCAUGAGAUCGUCUGAGCUUCAGUUUCUGGAGCGCAUUUUUUGAGGUCUGCACUUACAUGCUUUUAGGGAGUGUUCCCUGGAUGUGCUAACCUGUGCUGAAUUAACAGUUGUAUAUGGUUGAAUGUUUCCGUUAUUAAUAUCAAGUUCAUUUUUCUUGA